AUUCUAGAAAUUACCACAUAAUAUAUCAGUCGGUCUGUAUAUUUCAUACGAUGGGUUACUAGGCUAUAUAAGGACGCGGUUAAGUAGUGAUUCAAAUAAAAACAGGAAAGCAAGCAAACUAAAAACCGAACGUGCUAUUGGAACAGAACACAGUACGAGAUAUUGAUACGAAGUGGACAAGCAUUUACAGCUAAACAUAGAGGAAUAUAAACUUAAAGUGAUAAAAACUUAGAGGAAUAAAUAUAUUAAUUGAAGAUGUCAGCACUAGCGACACAGACUGUAAGGGCAGCAAGUAGGAGUCCUCAACUAAAGAGGGCGCUGUGUGAUAGGGUGUGUAACCUUACAAUGAGAGCCCCCUUUUGUCACAGGGGAGAAGCGGGCGUUGUAAUAAUAGGAGACACCAGAAUGGGAGUUGAUGACGGGGCCCACGCAACAAUAAUAACACCUCAUGGUAGUUCUGAGGACAUUCGUAUUCAGGAACCAUCGCAACAAUCAUCAAACUACAUAAGGGACGAUGUCAGCCCUAUGCGUAAUAUAGAAAAUGAUACACGCCCACCUAAAUCAAAAAAUACGAUGCAGAAAGUGAAAUCUAAUAUUAAAAGUUGGAUGCAGGUUCCAAAAUGACCUAGGUGCAACAUAGUUUAUUCGAAUACAAAGAAGGACUUUGAACUCGAUUUUAAUAGUCCCAGGUCACAAAGUCCGCAUACAUUGGUGCUCAACAAUUGCAGUAGAAUGGCAAAUAAAGCCUCAAUAAGAAAAUAUGAGAAAGAUUAGGGUAUUGCGAAUGCGCAACUAUGUCGGACCUGGUGUACAAUGACACUGGCUGAUGACAAUCAUUCAUAACAUUUCCGAUAAUUACCGAUAAUGGCCGACAGAAACGUGAAGGUUAUGGACGAGAUCAGAUCUAAAUUGACAAAAAAAGAUCACCAGAUAUUUUGCUGUAAUCACCGACAUAUAUUUGGACAUAUCAUUGCCAGUUAACAAUUUAACAAUAUAUUACCUCUGAUCGCGUAAUAAUACCUCUAAACGUGUAUCAAUUUUUGACCAGUUAUCAAAUAUUUAAUCAGAAAUUUUACAAUUCGCUCAUCCUUUGUCAAGCGUAUCAAACAGUUCGAAUGAUGUGAACAAUUUUACAAUUAGAAAUAUCUUCACAUUAAUUUUAAACGAAAAACCAUUUGGCAUUUGGAAUUUAAAGACUGUCUGCAAUAUAAUCUCAAUAUAAGCCCAAU